AGAUCUGACUUGGGUCACACACUGACUUUGACACUGAGGAAGUUGUUCCAUUUCUCUAGACCUCUAUUUCCUCAUCUGUAAAACGGAACAUGGCAAAUUACAUUUUCCAUUCCAUUUGCUCUUCUGUAAUGUGGCUUUGCCACACCCCCACCAAGAGAUGGAGUCUGUGAACUUGCCACUAGAAUCUGCGCUUGCCGACUUGCUUCUAAGCAACAGAACACAACAAUACACCUGACCUUUGUGUAACUUCAGAGGUGAGGUCAUAAAAGGCUGUGCAGAACCCACUCAAUGCUACGAGAAGCCCAAGCCCUGUGGAGAGACCAUGGAAGUGGCUUGGGUCAAUAGUCCCAGCAGAGCUGAGCCUUCAAGUCUUCCUAGCCCAGGCAACAGAGAUGGGAGAGAGGAACUCUCCAGGGUUGGCUGCACCAUCUGCCUAGAGGUCACCUCUAUCCUCCUCUACCCCUUCUUCUACACUGCCAGUCAAGUUAUUUUUCCUGGGGUAUGGAGGGAAGAAAAGGGGAAGGAGGGAAGAGGGGAAGAGAAAGAAGGAAGAAAGGGAGAAAAGGAGAAAGGGAGGGAAGGAAGAAAGAAAGAAAAGAAAGGAAGAGCUGGGUGUGGUGGCUCACGCCUGUAAUCCCAGGACUUUGAGAGGCCGAGGUGGGUGGAUCACUUGAGGUCAGGAGUUCGAGACCAGCUUGGCCAACAUGGUGAAAUCCUGUCUCUAUCAAAAAAUACAAAAAUUAGCCAGGCAUGGUGGCAGAUGCCUGUAAUCCCAGCUACUCGGGAGGCUGAGACAGGAGAAUCUCUUGAACCUGGGAGGCGGAGGUUGCAGUGAGUUGAGAUUGUGCUACUGUACUCCAGCCUGGGCAACAGAGCGAGACUUCAUCACCAAAAAAAAAAAAAAAAAAAACAAAGAAAAGAAAAGAAAAGAAAGGAAGAAGAGUGGGAAGAAGGAAAGGAAGGAAGGAAGGAGGGAAGAAGGAAAGAAAGGAAGGAAGGAGGGAAGACAGCAGUGAGAAGGAGGGAAGGAGAAAAUUUGGUUUCCCUGAAGUGUGUUUCUACCACAUAAGACUCUUGAAGUCCUAAGAGGACCUGGACUGGCAUUCUCCAAGGAACCUGCACCUCUUUUCCAAAAGACCCAGGAACAGAGGACAGCACAGCUGGCAGCUGAGGCCCUGCUGGACUCCUGAGCUGCCCCUCAGGCAUUGUCACCAGUGUUGCUCACCCAUCAGGGCCAACAGAUGGCUCCAGAUCGCAGCAAAUCCUGGUGGGAGCCCAGCUCCCUCCCUGCUCUUCCCUUCAUGCACACUUUGUACUGACGCAGGCUCUUCCUUCCCUCAGACACCAGCCCUACACGCUGUAUUCCCUGGGGGCAGACUCCCUGGCUCACUUCUCACCAUUUCCAGACCCUCCUGGCAUCAUGACAUCUCAUUCCUUCAUUCAUUCAUUCAGGCCAGUACUUGCUUCUAAAUUGGAUCUUAUGGUUAAGAGCGAGGCUCAUCUCUGAGGCAGGGUAUCCUGGAUUUGAAUCCAAGCACUAUUACUUCCGCUUUCUGUAUCUCAGUUUACUCACCUGUAAAAUAGGGAUAAUCAUGGAAUCUCUCUCACAGGGGAUUAAAUGCCAGAAUGUGUGGAUUAAAUGCUGGAAUCCAUGGAAAGAGUUCUUAGCAUAGUGUCAGAUCACUGUAAACACUCAGUAUAUUAUAUGGGCCAACAUCAUCACCAUCCCCACCAUCACCAUCACCAUCAACCUCGCUAUCACCAUUGAAACUUCCCAGGAUGAGCUCCUGCCUUGGAGGAAAAAAAUGCCUAUUAAAUCGGUGUAUACUUACCACCAUCACCAUCACCAUCAUCAGUCUCACCAUCACCAUCAUCAUCAUCAUCUCCACCAUUACCAUCACCAUUAUCAUCAUCCCCACCAUCACCAUCAUCAAUCUCACCAUCACCACCAUCAUCAUCAUCCCCACCAUUACCAUCACCACCAUCAUCAUCCCCACCAUCACCAUCACCAUCAUUAUCAUCAUCCCCACCAUCACCAUCACCAUCAUCAUCCCCACCAUCACCAUCACCAUCAUCAUCCCCACCAUCACCAUCACCAUCAUUAUCAUCAUCCCCACCAUCACCAUCACCAUCAUCAUCCCCACCAUCACCAUCACCAUCAUUAUCAUCAUCCCCACCAUCACCAUCAUCAUUAUAAUCAUCCCCACCAUCACCAUCAUCAUCAUCAUCCCCACCAUCACCAUCAUCAAUCUCACCAUCACCACCAUCAUCAUCAUCUUCCCCACCAUCACCAUCACCACCAUCAUCAUCCCCACCAUCACCAUCACCAUCACCAUCAUUAUUAUCAUCAUCCCCACCAUCACCAUCCUCAAUCUCACCACCACCAUCAUCAUCAUCUUCCCCACCAUUACCAUCACCACCAUCAUCAUCCCAUCACCAUCAUCAUCAUCAACCUCACCAUAAUCAUCACCACCAUCACCAUCACCAUCCUCAUCAUCUCCACCAUUACUAUCACCAUCAGCAACCUCAUAAUUACCAUCAACCUCACUAUCACCAUCAUCAACCUCACCAUCACCAUCACCAUCAUCGCCAUCAUCAUUAUCAUCCUCAGAAUCACCAUCAUCAUCAUCAUCCCACCAUUACCAUUACCAUCACCAACCUCACCAUCACCAUCAUCACCAUCACCAUUAUCAUCCUCACCAUCACCAUCAUCAUCAUCCCCACCACCACCAUCAUCAACCUCACCAUCACCGUCAUCACCAUCACCAUUAUCAUCCUCACCAUCACCAUCAACAUCAUCAUCCACACCAUUACCAUUACCAUCAUCAACCUCACCAUCAUCAUCAUCAUCAACAGCAGCAGCAGCAUUACUACUUAUUAGCUUGGCUGCUAUAGAGGGGCCACCUUUAGAUGGUACUAAGAAAUAAUCAUUGUAAUUGUUCCAAAUGUUAAAUAUAUCUCAACACUCCUCUC